AUGAAUUUGAUAGUAACAGCCGUGUCCUUGCUUUUGGUAGCAGGAAUGUUGGAAGCAACUGUCACUGUUGAACUUGAUCCAUCUUACUCACCCGGCGCUGUCCCAGGGAGUGAUGCUGAUAGAAUCUAUCAUUCGGCACUAUACCAUCCUAUGAGUCAACCAAUCCUUGCAUACUUAAAGGUGGACGGAGUUGUGAAGACAGAUUUUUCUGGCAAUUGUAACAUCACAACUGUCGACAUAUAUGCUUACAAUUCAACUGGAGGUACCACAGAUACAUGGGAAAGUUCUGGUGGACAACUCUGUCAGUAUGUCAACAGAUACCCCUACCCAAAAAGUUACGAUCCUAUCUUCAGUUGGAUUUGUGGUGACAGUACAACUUUAGUCGAUGUACCUGUGUAUGCAGGAGAAUUGAGAGCAGAUGCACUUUACCAUGCUCAUACUACUGUUCCUCCCAGGGAACGUGCUAUACAGUUUUCUGUAGAAUAUGAAGGCCAAGUGUACACAGUCAUCACUAAUCCUAUUGAAGUUACAGUGAAUGUCAAUAACAUGAGCCUUGCUACACCCCCUCCUGCUACAACGGUAGCCAACAAAGGUUUCCCGAUAGUUGCCCACAUAUUAGAUGCGGAUGGAAACUUAAUCACAUCGGGACUGGAUUCCACACUGGAUGUUACCAUCAAGGUUGCAUGGAUGGAAGACUUGUCUGUUAUGUAUCAUGACAAUGGUUAUCGCAACAUGUUGUUCUAUGAAAAUGUGAGACUGGGAGGAACUGAUAUGGUACAAAGUGUGAGCACUCAUAACAAACUAAUCACAAAGCGUGCUGUUGGAGGAAUUGCCUCAUUCACAGAUGUCCGUCUGCUCGAUGUCCAUACAUGUGUGCGACUUAACAUCACACUUACCAUGCCUCGGUAUCCUCUUUUUCGGUUACCAACAACGAUGAAUGAGGUGAAGCAUAUCCAUGGGCUGACUAAUGGCCUGAAUGGAUAUUACAUCAACAGUACAGAAGAUGGAGGCGUGUACAUUACUGACUGUAUUUCUGUGACAGAACAAACUGCCUCUACAAUAAAUCUACUUAAUACUGCUGAUAUACACACAACCGUUGGUGCUAACUUCCCUUUAGAAGAUGCAGCAGUCUUGGAAAUCAGGGAUUCAUCUGGUGACAGAGUCUGGUCUGGUAGAGAUGCGAAUUUGACUCUUAGUGUCACUUCCUCUGGUGGAGGAUGUGUUUCCUCCGACUCCCAGACUGUUACAGCCUCUCAUGGACAAGCUGUGUAUGGCGGUUCCUUCUGCGAUGUUGGUUCUGGCUUUGUUCUGUCCUUCCAGGGUAACAGCAUUGUAACACCUGGUGCUCUAACUGGAGCCUCUACCAAUGCUUUCACUGUGACAAAUGAGAUCUACAUUGGAAACUUUAUUGAUACGUAUGGUUCAUCUGCUACAUCAGAUACUGGACCAUUUAUCGAUGCUUUUGCCACCUAUGCAAUAGAAGACAUUGCUAAUGGUUAUUUUCCAGACUUGCUGCAAGGGAGACAACUCAUUAUGAACAGUUAUGAUGUUGGGAAAGACGGCAGUUUGGCCCCCACAGCAUUCCAAGGAAUGAUAGACCAAGGCAAGCUUGAUCCAAGCAAGAAAGUCCGAGGAAUUAUUGGUUUUGGGUCCAACACUGCCACCAAGAAAAUGGCAAGUUAUUUGUCAGCAAACCAAAUGCCAUCUUUAGCUACCAGAGAAGACGAAGCAGAGUUUACAGACAAGACUAUUUAUCCAUAUUACAGUCGGCUGUCGUGGGAUUUGGCAGCUGUUGCACAGUGUCUUAUGAUUGCUUGCAGAGACAGAGGGUGGAAGAAAAUGAUCAUUGUUCGAGAAAUUGACUACCAGAUACAUCAAGUUCUGUACCAGAAAGCUGCAUUGUUUGACUUAGAAAUUACACAAGAGGUUAUCAUUCCUAAACUACUUCCUACACAAUAUGCUCCUGGUGUUAUUGAUGCACAAAUGGAAAAGAUCAAGAAUGCUGGAACCAAAAUUAUCCACUUGUUUGCCUAUGCUCCUCUUCAAUGGUUCAUCAUCAGUGAAGCUAUCAGACACAAUAUUUCCUGCUAUCAUGGCUAUGAAUGGGGCCUGCUAAAUGAUGUCGGCUGGCAUUUCCCCUGGGCCAAUCAGCAUGCUAUGUGUCAAGGACCAAUCACUUGUACCAUGGCCUGGAUUGGGUACUUUGGUGUGGGCGGUACCUACAAUGUUAGCGGCAUGAUGACGCCUCUAUGGGAACAUGCUAUGAUCAAACACACAAACUAUCGUCGAAUCAACUACCGUGGUACAGCACCACGACGCUCACUCAAUGAGGUAAUGGCUGAAUGGGGCAAAGGUUAUGAUGCUGUCAGAACUUACGCUACUGCUAUCACCAACAUGAUCAAUGCCAGUCUCACCAUCACUGGUCCUGCCCUGACAAAUGCUCUUAGACAGGUAGAUUUUGAAGGUUUGUCAGGGAGAAUACACUUCCAGUCUGAUACAGGCAACCGCCCUGGCUUUCUUGGUAUGUGGGUGACCAGUAACCCCCAUCCUUUUGAUAAGACAGCCAGCACAGCAACGACAGUCACCUUUGCCCGUAUAUUGGAACUGGCCCAGGAAAAUGCUACAAUGAUUACGGAGUAUAAGCAGCAAGCCAAGCGUCCCAUGGAUUUACCUCCCUGGAAUCAAGUGGUUGCUAAUUACACUAUACCACCAACUCAGUACAAAAACAAAGUCAAUAUCACGACUUCCACUGGAAUGGUGAGCGCCAGUACCCAACAGCUCAUUAUCAUUCCCCCAGGAACUGGCGCACCUGAACAAGUCAUAGAAACAGAAUAUGCUGUGGCCCCAUUCUACUGUACACAAGGAUGUGGAGGGAACGGCAUCAACGAGUAUGAUAUCACCCAGUACCAGUUUGGUGACUGUACAAACCAGGAUGUCUGCACAUGUCAUUCUGGUUAUUAUGGAACCACCUGUGAUAAAAUGGUGUGCAGUUGUGUGUUUGGUCACUGUGAUAUUCCAGAAGUCUGUAUUUGUCAGAAUGGAUAUGAAGGAACCCGUUGUGAGAUUCCAAUUUGUAACACAUUAUCUUGCGGAGCCCAUGGAUCCUGUUCUGCACCUGAAACCUGCACAUGUGAUGCUGGCUAUAUUGGGGCAACAUGUAGCCAUUCAUUACCUGGUGUGGUUGUUGGGUCCCUGCUUGGCGGCAUUGCCUUCAUCAUCUUCCUGGUGUUCUUCGUUAAAUAUUUACUCAAGAGGCAGAGGUUAGCAGCUGCCCUGAAGAACUUGGACUGGCUCGUGAAAUGGGAUGAGGUCAUGAUAGGAGAUGCCAGAGCUCUCAGUUUCCUGUCAACAGCAGGGGAUGAAUUCAUGCAGUCUAACAAAACCAAUAUUUGUACUUGGAGGAGUCAAAAGUGUUUUGUUCAGGAAUUCAACUCUGUAUCCUUGAAUGUAGAGGAUGAAGCAUUGAGAUAUGAAGUUGUACGCAUCAAAGAAACAAGACACAACAACCUUAUAACCUUUGUGGGUGCUUGUUUAGAGUAUCCACAUGUAGGUUUGCUCACAGAAGUGGCACCAAAGGGAAGUCUGGAGGACAUGUUAUCUAAUGAAAGUAUCAAACUGGGAUGGGAUUUCAGGUUCUCACUUCUCAAAGAUAUUUGUCGUGGAAUGGAAUUUUUGCACAGAUCAGAUAUUGGAUCUCAUGGCAGACUGAAAUCAUCAAACUGCCUCGUGGACAACAGAUGGACAUGUAAAAUAUCAGGAUUUGGUUUACCUACCCUUCGUUAUAAUGGUGUCAGAAAACUUCGACCAAAUAUGGAAGAUUUACCCAAAAUCCGAGAACUUCUAUGGACUGCACCAGAAUUUCUAUCAAAAGCUAAAAGAUUAGAUGAUGUACGAAAUGGAACUAAAGCUGGAGAUAUCUAUUCGUUUGCAAUUUUAUUGACAGAAAUGUGUACGAGAGAGGAACCCUACACAAAUGAGCUUAGUUAUUUGAAUGUUGAAGAUGUGCUAGUUUUGGUUGAAAACAAAGAUGCCCCACAGGCUUCUGAAGCAAAGCAGAUAUGGUACAAAAACGGAGGAGACACGACAAAACCAUUCCGACCCAAAUUAUCAGAUGAAUGUUUGCCAGAAGAGUAUGCAGCAAAAACUGGGAUGAGAAAGCUCCUAGAGACAGCAUGGGGUGCUAGUCCCGACAAUCGACCCACAUUCCGCCAGAUGUUGGACAGACUGAAUGAGAUCUAUCCCAUUAAAGGAGAACUCAUCGAUAACCUUGUCAACAUGCUGGAAAAAUACUCCAGUAAUUUGGAGGUGAUUGUGGCAGAGAGGACAAAAGAACUAGUGGCAGAGAAGGCAAAGACAGAACAGCUGCUGAGUCAGAUGUUACCAAAGAAAGUCAUGGAAGAUCUGAAACAUGGGAAACCAGUGGAGGCUGAGUCAUUUGAAUGUGUAACAAUAUUCUUCAGUGACAUCGUGGGAUUCACAAAGAUUGCUGGAAACAGUACUCCUCUCCAGAUUGUGGACCUCCUCAACGAUUUAUAUACCUGUUUUGACUCCAUUUUGGACAACUAUGAUGUGUACAAGGUGGAGACUAUUGGAGAUGCUUACGUUGUGGUCAGUGGUCUGCCAAUCAGAAAUGGCAACCUUCACGCAGGUGAAAUCGCUACCAUGUCACUGGACCUGAUGAGUGCUAUUGGAGACUUCAAAAUUAGACACAUGCCAGAUGAAACGCUCCAGCUACGUAUUGGAAUGCACUCAGGUCCUGCUGUUGCUGGUGUUGUUGGUCUGAAGAUGCCCCGGUAUUGUCUAUUUGGAGAUACUGUGAACACAGCUUCCCGUAUGGAAUCCAAUUCUGUUGCAUUGAGGAUACAUAUGAGCGAGUCUACAGCUACCAUUCUUCAAGUCCUUACUGGAUACCACUUAGAAUGCAGAGGGCAGAUUGAAGCAAAGGGAAAAGGAAAGAUGACAACAUACUGGUUGAAUGGAAAGGAUGGAUUCGACAAGAAGCUUCCAGGAAGGGAACUCGCUGCGUCAUUGUCUCAGCAUGAAUUUAAGUGA